GGUGGAGACGUCUUUCAUCCACCCCACACGAUCUCCGUCGGCAGCUUCUGAGUCAUCUCCAAGACAAAGCUCCAGAGCGCGCAGACGUGGAGCUGACUCGACCGACCAUCGAUCACCUUCGGAACUGCUAAAAGAGAUCGGUAUCGCUGGAGCUGAAGUUGUCAAGAUUCUCAAAGGACGAGGGUGGGAAGUCUGUGAGCCAAAAGGACUAGAGGAAUACAAGUGCUAUUAUCUUCCAGGUGGAAGAGCUAAGGGCGACAAUGCCAAUCGAGGCGAGGACUAUGUCGUGGGGGAAGGCGAGCUAUAUGCCUACGUUCUCGACAAAGGGGGCGUGAGCUAUUUGUUCCCAGGUGCAAGUCAGAAUUUAGUUCCGAACACGAUACUAAACCGUCGAGAUAAGCCAACGCCUCGGGCGAUGAACCAUGUCGAACCAACUGCCAAGCGAUCGGCACUCGAAUCUGGAGAAGACACAGACCUGGUCGAGUAUUUUUCUGAUGAAAGAUACAGCUCAGCUUCACGUUAUCCGAAAAAGCGUUGCACGAAGCAGAAGGCUCUGCGGUCAGAUGAAAAUGUCAUUAUUGUAGACGAUAACCACGAUACGGAGUCUGUCACCUUGCGGAAUCAUCAGAUUAGUGAAGAUCAAAUAUAUGGCGAGACACAAUCCAAGUCUGGCCGCCGCACUGAAAUGGAUACGUACGAGACUGCGCUCAAGUUGACGGCUAGCUGCGCGCAACUGCUCAAGGACGUGGACUUGAACCUGCUUCGGUCGGUGGCUGAAGUUGCGUUCCGUGCAGCCUCUUCAGAGAGUGACAAUGUCCAGCCGCGUAUUCACAAGCUAGAGAGGUAUGCUGAAAGGAUUCAAGUGGCAUUAAAUUGCCUCUCACACAGGAUUGCAGCUAUCGUUGAACAGAGCGGAAGUUCGUCGGUAUCUGACGCCACAGAGUCCGAGGUUCAUAUCCCCGGCUUCGUGUCUACUGGACAAGGUCGCUUGAAUCUUCUGCAGGACGUCGAGCGAUACGUUCUUCGUGUUGGACAAACAUUGCGCCAUUGCCACUACAACGACCCCGACACUUCGUCAUAUUCCUCGGAUCGAAGCACCAAAGCGUCAGACUUGCGACCCCUUCAACGACACAUCGACAAAACUACGAGAGAACUACUUGAGCUGGCAAGGAGAAUCUGCGGUAAAACUAAGAGAAACCUCACCAUUGCUCCCGGAAGAUAGAUGGUGUUCAUGUUGGAGACGUAAACGAAAAGAGAUUCGAUG